AUGACGCUGGACGUGGGACCCGAGGACGAGCUGCCCGACUGGGCCGCGGCCAAGGAGUUUUACCAGAAGUACGACCCUAAGGACGUCAUCGGCAGAGGAGUGAGCUCUGUGGUCCGCCGUUGUGUUCAUCGAGCUACUGGCCAUGAGUUUGCAGUGAAAAUCAUGGAGGUGACAGCUGAGCGACUGAGUCCUGAGCAGUUGGAGGAGGUGCGAGAAGCCACGCGGCGAGAGACACACAUCCUUCGCCAGGUCGCUGGCCACCCCCAUAUCAUCACUCUCAUCGAUUCCUACGAGUCUUCUAGCUUCAUGUUCCUGGUGUUUGACCUGAUGCGGAAGGGGGAGCUGUUUGACUAUCUCACAGAGAAAGUGGCCCUCUCCGAAAAGGAAACCAGGUCCAUCAUGAGAUCUCUGCUGGAAGCAGUGAACUUUCUCCAUGCCAACAACAUUGUGCACCGAGAUCUGAAGCCCGAGAAUAUUCUCCUAGAUGACAAUAUGCAGAUCCGACUUUCCGAUUUUGGGUUCUCCUGCCACUUGGAACCUGGCGAGAAGCUUCGAGAGUUGUGUGGGACUCCGGGAUACCUAGCACCUGAGAUCCUUAAAUGCUCCAUGGAUGAAACCCACCCGGGCUACGGCAAGGAGGUCGACCUCUGGGCCUGUGGCGUAAUCUUGUUCACACUCCUGGCUGGCUCACCACCAUUCUGGCACCGGCGUCAGAUCCUGAUGUUACACAUGAUCAUGGAAGGCCAGUACCAGUUUAACUCACCCGAAUGGGAUGACCGUUCAAACACUGUUAAAGACCUGAUUUCAAGGCUGCUGCAAGUGGAUCCUGAAGAGCGUCUGACAGCUAAGCAAGCUCUACUGCACCCCUUCUUUGAGCGUUGUGAAGGCGGCCAACCCUGGAACCUCACCCCCCGACAGCGGUUCCGGGUGGCAGUGUGGACAGUGUUGGCUGCUGGACGAGUGGCCUUAAGCAUCCACCAUGCACGGCCGCUGACCAAGAGUGCACUGUUGAGGGACCCAUAUGCUCUGCGGCCAGUGCGGCGCCUCAUCGACAGCUGUGCCUUCCGGCUCUACGGGCACUGGGUGAAGAAGGGCGAGCAGCAGAACCGCGCGGCCCUCUUCCAGCACCGGCCGCCUGGGCCUUUCCCCAUGACGGGCCCCGAGGAGGAGGGGGACUCGGCCUCUGUCACCGAGGAGGAGGCCAUGCUGGUGCUGGGCUAG